AUGCUGUCAUCUCGAGGCAAAAAGAUCACUGCGGUGAUCGAUGAGCCGUGGAGGGCACUUUUUGGGAAACCCGCAUAUGAUGCGAAAUCAAACCCGUCUGGAUUGAUAUCACUUAACGUAGCGGAAAAUCCGCUUGCUUUCGAGGAAUUAACGACAUACAUCAAUAGCAAGAUCCAAUUCGACAAGUCAGUGUUGUCCUAUAGUUCCAGUGCAGGUGGCGGUCCAAAAUUCCCAGCUGCAAUGGCAGCUUUCAUCAAUAGAUACUUUGAUCCAUAUGUCCCUUUGAAGAGUAGCGAGAUACUUGCAACCAACUCCAUUCCAUCACUGAGUGAGCAACUUGCGUUCGCACUCGCAGAAGCUGGCGAUGGAAUGCUGGUUAGCCGGCCUAUUUAUGGCAGGUUCAGAAUGGAUUGGGGAAACAGAGCCGGUGUUGAAAUGGUCUACGCUGAUACAGGUGCGCUUGAGGGCUUCACUCCGGCAUGCGUGAAGAAAUAUGAGGAAGCAAUAGUUACCGCUGAAGCCAGGGGUGUCAAGAUUCGAGGACUGAUAAUCGUGAAUCCUCACAACCCACUUGAGUUAUUCAAGUUAUGUCAGAAGUAUCAAAUUCACUUGAUCAGUGACGAGAUAUAUGCACUCUCUGUUUUCGAUACUCAGGAAAGCGGAGCGAUGCCGUUUGUUUCCACUUUGAGUAUCAACACUGAGGGGCUAAUGGAUGAAAAACUUCUCCAUGUUAUAUAUGGGAUGAGCAAGGUGAGCAUGAUACUAUUCGCAAUAGCUUGCCUGAUAACCGCUGACGAUAAUGCCCAAAAGGACUUCUGUGCUCCAGGACUCCGAGUAGGCUGUCUGAUUACCAGAAAUCCAUUGGUAGUAAAGGCCGUCCGUUCCACUUCACGACAGAUUAACCCGUCAGGAAUCUCUCUAGACAUUUCAGCCACCAUUUUGAAUGAUGAAAAAUUCGCGGCAACUUACCUUCAGAAUACCCAAAAUCGGGUACUCAAAGCCUACCGCUUUGUUACCGGACUUCUCCGACAGCAUGGUAUUCCGUAUUUGCAAGGAACGAAUGCUGGAUGUUUCGUUUGGUUGGACUUAUCGAAAUAUCUACCACCUAGCACCCCUUCUCAGCCAUUGACACAGAAAGAUAAGGAAUUCGCUCUGGCGGAGAAGUUCUCUGAAGGCGGCUUAUUCCUCCAUCCAAGCGAAGAAAAUGGGAUGGAGCCAGGUUGGUUCCGGCUUGUAUACACCAAUGAGGAAGAACUGAUAGUUGAGGGUAUAAGAAGGUAUGGCAUCAUUAACCGCCCGUAUUGA